CGUACUGCGAGUUGUCUGGAUCGAGAAUCGAUGCUCGAGCGGGUCUGUUAUCCCCGGUUUUGACUACUGCAGCUGAUUCAGUGCGAAGAGCAAGCGCGGGCUAGCGCUGUAAGACACUAGCAAGAAGCCUCUCUGCCCAUGUUGCGGGGGCCCACGGGCGCAUGCCUCACAAUUAGCAAGCUCUGAGACUGCUCUCGUAUACGCUGCCGCUGCGCGCUCGAGACCUACGCGCGCGCGGAGCUGUAGGAUGGACCAACUCCAGGCCCGGCUCGGCAGCCUGCUGAAUCGACCAUUGAUGGAAGACGCCGCGACGAAAGAACUCGCGGAAGCGGCCCGAGCGCGCGUCGACGUUUUAAGAUCAUUGCUCCGCACACCAGCGGUGGUCGGCGACGACGAGUACGAACGUUUGCUGAAGGAGGUGUUUGACGCCACGACUAAACUGCUCGGCCGCGCGCCGACGGCGCACCGCGGACCCGAGAGCGAGGAGGGCUGGAAGCUCGCUGGGUUUCAGGCUACGGCGCCGGACCGCGAGUUUCGAGGAGGCGGGCUGCUGGGUUUGCACUGCUUGCUGCACGCGCUCGAGCACCACCCGGCGACGUGCGCGAAGCUGCUCGAAGGCCCGUUCCCCUUCGCCGCCGCGUCGAUAAACAUGACGCUCGUCGCGGCGCGGUUAGCCGGCGUCGCGUCGGCCGACGACGCUCUCAAGGCCUCGAUCGGCGACAAGAGUCCACAAAACGCCCCGCGAGACUGCCGCUCGCUCCUCGCCACGAGCCACGCCGGCUUCUUCGAGGUCCACGCGUUGUGUCUGGACGCGCUCGAGCGCGCCCGUAGUGAUGUGGACGCGGGCGCGAUGGACUUCAUGGGCUGCGCCGUCGCCGCGCGGGAAGAGGUCUCCCUGCUGCUGUCGCACGCGCCGCGCGACGUGGAAGCUUUGAAAAAAUUAGCACGGGCCGUGCCUCGCAGAAGGAGCGGCUUCCUGACGAUGCACGCUUCCUCCAAUUUCCUGAUGAAGCGCGAGCCGGUGCGCCGCUUCUUCGUCCUCUCGACGUCGAGACUGAAGUGGUACGAGGAGCGCGACGUGCACUCGUCGACGCGGUCGGCGGCGACCUUAUUGGCGCCUGGUAAACCAGCAGGAAGUUUGGUCCUCCAGGGCGACGCGACGGUGCGGUUUCGGGUGGAGGAGCGGAGCUUUUCGAUUGUUUCUAGUAAGGGAAAGCAGUUACUUUGGUUGGUCGCGGACGAAGCGAGAGACAUGGAAAAGUGGUGCGUGGCGCUGACGGAGCACUGCGCCCUGGCCGCGAUCGACCUAUCACAACGCCUAGAGGCGGGGACCGUCGUGUCGUCGGAGACGUUCGAGGCAGUGCCGUACGUCGUCGACGCGGCCGUGGGUAUUUAUGUGCGCGAAGCGCCGGACGUCGCCGCGCCGCGGACGGGCCGCGGCCUCAUGCCCGGCGAGGAGGUGGAGAUUGUUGAAAGGGUCGUCGUCGACGACGCGAAGGGCGGGCGGACGUUCCUUCGCUUGGCGGACGGGGGCUGGGCCAUGGAGCGGCACCCGUCGUCGGGCGUGCCGAUCUUGCGGGUGUCGAGCGGGGACAGUGUUUAAGUGAUUGUUUUUGUGGGUUACAUGAGUCUUAACACA